AUGCAAGCGUCCUCAUCCCGGUGCCUUCGCCUCGUAGCCACAGCUACUGUCCAGCAGUCCCAGGCCACCAGCCAGCAGUCCCCAUCGUCGCUAGCGAUCAAGGAGGACGCGCCGAUCAACUUCGACGAUCUAGGGUUCGGAUUGGUGGAGACGGACUACAUGUACGUCGCCAAGUGCGUGCGCGGGGAGGAGUGGCAGCACGGCGAGCUGCGACCGUACGGCAACCUCGAGAUUAGCCCCGCCGCUGGCGUGCUCAACUACGGCCAGGGCGUGUUCGAGGGCAUGAAGGCGUACCGCACGGCGGACGGGCGCGUGCUGCUCUUCCGCCCGCGGGAGAACGCCCUUCGCAUGCAGGAGAGCGCGGACCGGCUGAGCAUGCCCGGACCCCCGGUUGAGCAGUUUGUGCAGGCCGUGAAGGACACUGUGCUGGCGAACCUGCGAUGGGUGCCGCCAUGUGGCAAGGGCGCGCUGUACAUCCGGCCGCUGCUGGUGGGAACGGGGCCAGUUCUUGGAUUGGCACCGGCACCCGAGUACUCGCUGCUCAUCUACGUGUCGCCCGUGGGGAACUAUUUCAAGGGUGCCACGCUCACGCCCAUCAGCCUCAAGGUGGAGGAGCUGUACCACCGCGCUGCUCCUGGUGGCACUGGGAGUGCCAAAGCAAUUGGGAACUACUCUCCGGUGCUCAAAACGCAGAUUGCUGCAAAGCAAGACGGGUUCUCCGAUGUGGUCUACCUCGAUGCGCAAGAAAACAAGUACAUUGAGGAGGUGUCAUCGUGCAACAUCUUUGUGGUGAAGGACAAUGUCAUCUCCACGCCUGACCUACGCGGCACCAUUCUCGCAGGCAUCACCCGCCGCAGUAUUCUUGAACUCGCCCACUCCCUGGGCUACAAGACGGAGGAGCGCCAGGUGUCGAUUGAGGAUUUGCUGGGAGCAGAUGAGGUGUUCUGUACGGGGACAGCUGUGGUGCUCUCUCCUGUGGGUGCUGUGACAUUCAGAGGGAACAAGACUACGUUCGGUGAUGGAGAAGCAGGGAAGGUUUCACAGCUGCUGUACGAACGGCUCACUAACAUUCAGAAGGGCGUGGAUCCGGACACCAUGGGAUGGACACCUCAUCGCCACGAGGGUGUGUUUGUCGCGCGUGGAAAGGAGGAUGCUCUUGUCACGAGGAACAUGGUUCCGGGGGAGAGUGUUUAUGGCGAGAAGCGGAUCAGCGUCGAGCUGGAGGAAGGGAACAAGGUGGAGUACCGCGUGUGGAACCCUUUCCGAUCCAAGCUCGCGGCCGCUAUUCUCGGUGGUGUCGACAACAUUUGGAUUAAACCCGGGUCUCACGUGCUCUACCUCGGUGCUGCCUCCGGCACUACCGUCUCCCACGUCUCCGAUAUUGUUGGACCGACGGGAAUCGUGUACGCCGUGGAGUUCUCUCAUCGGUCGGGUCGCGAUCUCGUUAACAUGGCCAAGAGGCGGACCAACGUGAUUCCCAUUAUCGAGGACGCCAGGCACCCGCAGCGCUACCGCAUGCUCGUCGGCAUGGUGGAUACGAUCUUCGCUGACGUGGCGCAACCAGAUCAGGCUCGUAUUGUUGCCUUGAACGCUCAUUAUUUCCUCAAGACGGGCGGCCACUUCGUUAUAAGCAUCAAGGCCAACUGUAUUGAUUCUACAGUGCCUGCAGAAGCAGUGUUUGCAAAAGAAGUGGCAAAAUUGCAGCAGGAGCAGUUCAAGCCUGCUGAGCAACUGACGCUGGAGCCAUAUGAAAGAGACCAUGCUUGUGUGGUUGGUGGUUACCGCAUGCCUAAGAAGAAAAAGGAUGCUAAAUAG